AUGUCGGCGGGCUCUGCUGCACUACGACGGUUCGGCGGCCAUCGGGCUCCCCGCACUGCACUCGUUUCUUCCUCCCGCAUCCAACAAACCCCGCGCUCUCCUCUGCUUGCGACUAGCAAUUCCUCGCUGCGUCCUGCUUCUCGCACUCCAGCUCAUCUUCGCCAGCUCUCCAGAUUCUCAACAAUGUCGCCUCUGCAGGCUGCUCCCGUGGUGGAGCGCGAGUACGAUCCCGAGAUCAAGGACAUGGCCGAUUUCAUCCACAACUACAAGAUUGAGUCGGACCUUGCUUUUGACACCGCUCGUCUUGUCUUCCUCGACACCCUCGGCUGUGGGUUGGAGGCUCUUAGAUUCAAAGAGUGCACAAAACUGCUCGGCCCUGUCGUCGAGGGCACCGUGGUCCCCAACGGAACCAAGGUCCCCGGUACCCCGUACCAGCUGGACCCUGUGAAUGGCGCUUUCAACAUUGGUGCCAUUAUUCGAUGGCUCGACUACAACGACUGCUGGCUUGCGGCCGAAUGGGGCCACCCCUCGGACAACCUGGGUGGUAUUCUGGCGGUGGCAGACUGGAUCUCCCGCACCAACCGUGCUGGUGGAAACCUCGGCGAGGGCAAGGUCCUGAAAAUCCGUGAUGUCCUCGAGGCCAUGAUCAAGGCCCACGAAAUCCAGGGUGUUUUGGCUCUGGAAAACUCGUUCAACAAGGUCGGCCUGGACCACGUUGUGCUUGUCAAGGUUGCCACUGCUGCUGUGACUUCUAAGCUUUUGGGUCUGGACGAGAAGAAGACCGCCGAUGCCAUCACUCAGGCCUGGGUUGACGGCCAGAGCUUGCGCACAUACCGUCACUCCCCCAACACCAUGUCAAGAAAAUCGUGGGCUGCCGGUGAUGCCUGCCAGCGCGCCGUCAACCUUGUCUUGAAGGUUCUCAAGGGCGAGGGCGGUGUCCCGACUGUCUUGAACGCUCCUGGCUGGGGUUUCUACGACAACCUCUUCAAGGGCAACAAAUUUAAAUUCCAGCGGCCGUACGGCAGCUACGUCAUGGAGAACGUUCUCUUCAAGGUUUCAUAUCCUGCCGAGUUCCACUCCCAGACUGCCAUUGAGUGCGCUCAAAUCGUCAACAAGAAGCUUGCUGAGAUGGGCAAAUCCGCCAAGGACAUCAAGGAGAUUACCAACCGCACCCACGAAGCUUGCAUUCGCAUCAUCGACAAGCAGUUCAAGGCCAUGGACAACUUUGCUGACCGUGACCACUGCGUUCAGUACAUGGUUGCUACCAUGCUUGUCUUCAACCGCUUGACCGCCCAAGACUACGCCGAUGGCGGCGAAGCUGCUACAUCCGAACUCCUGGAGACUCUGCGCCAGCGCAUCAAGUGCGUCGAAGACCCUCAGUUCACCACAGACUACCACGACCCAAGCAAGCGCACCAUCCCCAACGCUCUGACCGUGACUCUGAACGACGGCACUGUUCUCGACGAAGUCGUCGUCGAGGCUCCUCUGGGCCACAAGUUCCGUCGCGAGGAAGCCAAGCCUGAGAUCCUGGCCAAGUACAAGCGCCACAUCGAGGGCCACUUUGACGCUGCUCGCGUCAAGCACCUGCUCGACCUGGGCUGGAACCAGAAGGAACUCGAGAAUACCGAUGUCGACAAGUACGUCGACUUGUACGUGACCGACAAGAUUGUUGCUCCAUACUAG